AUGCCAAUAUGCAUAUCCUGCCGCACCCUCGUGCGCACACUCUAUACGACCUACUCCAAAGCCGACGACCGCGCACUCGGCAAAGGCGUGCGCCUAACGCAAUGUCCCGUAUGCAAGAAAUUCGCGGAUAAAUACGUCGAACACGAUUUUGUAAUCUUGUUCAUCGACCUGGUCCUUAUAAAGGCCGAGGUGUAUCGGCACUUGUUGUUUAAUCGGCUGGGGAGGGAUGAUGAGAAGUUUGAUCGAUCAAUCCUCCGCCUAGGAAUCCUCCUUCUCCUCUUCGACGUCUACCUAACCUGGGCCCGCAUCGAAAAACUUCCCUUACCACCCACCUCGCCGCACCACCCUUCCUCCUUCUCCGAUCCGACCCAAAACACCACAUCACUCACCCCCACACCAAUAACCAACGCCCAAUUCCUACAGUCAUACCCCCUCGGCCUCCAAUACCUCUUCUUCCUGCUCCUCGUAACCCUCUCCACACUAGCCUUCCACCUCCCCAUCCGCCUCCUCUGCGCCGCGAACCCACCGUCCCCCUUACGCACCCUCUGGCGUAAAGCGAUUCCCUACUUCCCACACGCUACGCCCCUGUCCACGGCGCUGCUGCGCGACGGCAGUUAG